CUUCCAAUCACAACAACGAAUUUGCUGUUGUGCUGGGCAAAAAUACAUCGUUGUGGCAAUACACCACCUUGCAUGGGGCACACUAGUCAAAAAUGUAAAAGGGGAUUUAUUUGUGAAAAAUUCGAGUGCAUAAAUAUGCAAAAUACUAAUUAAAAAUUGGAGUAGGCAAGCAUUGCCCCAUCAAAACAUAAGCAUUGUCAGCAACGGCGUGGGCAAAUAAAUAGCAGGUUUGACUCGGAGCACGGAAAAUUCCGAACUUUGUACCCACACACAACCCAGCAGCCGGCUAUACAUAUAGUGAAGGUCAUUUUUAAUUAAUUGCUAGGACAUUUAAAAAAGAAAAUACCUCUGGUCGGAAAUUGUGAACAUUUAGUGCUGAUCUGAAAACGCUCACAUUUUGUGAGCUUUGGCGUCCCGCUUUUUGACAGACAUAGUUAGUUGCUUGGUUGCGUGGCUGACAGCCGCCACAGUUCGUUCCAGGCCGACGAGUCAAUAUUUUGAGACCAUCGACCAGAAACAAAUCUUUUCGAAUUACAAUGGCAAGCGUCGAAAAAGUGUCCACGGAGCGAAAGGCGAAUCCGGCCAAAUCUUUUAUCACUGGCGGCUUCGGUGGGAUUUGUAAUGUUCUUUCUGGACAUCCGUUAGAUACCAUAAAGGUGCGCUUGCAGACAAUGCCGCGACCGGCGCCAGGUGAGCAACCACUUUACAAAGGCACCUUUGACUGUGCUGCGAAAACCAUAAAGAAUGAAGGUGUCCGUGGCCUCUACAAGGGCAUGUCAGCUCCACUAACUGGUGUUGCACCUAUUUUUGCCAUGUGCUUUGCGGGCUAUGCGUUGGGCAAACGUUUACAGCAACGAGGGGAGGACGCGAGGCUCACCUACUCACAAAUAUUUGUGGCCGGUUCGUUUUCGGGCCUGUUCUCCACGCUGAUUAUGGCACCAGGAGAGCGAAUCAAAGUCCUCCUACAAACACAACAAGGGCAGGGUGGUCAGCGUAAAUAUAAUGGAAUGAUCGAUUGCGCUGCGAAGCUUUACAAGGAGGGAGGACUGCGCAGUGUCUUCAAGGGAAGUUGCGCCACUAUGCUCAGGGAUUUGCCCGCUAACGGACUAUACUUCCUGGUAUAUGAAUAUAUACAGGAUGUGGUGAAGGCAAAAUCGGAAACAGGCCAGAUUAAUACUGCCUCAACCAUUUUUGCUGGCGGCGCUGCUGGUAUGGCGUACUGGAUCUUGGGCAUGCCCGCUGAUGUCCUAAAGAGUCGACUGCAGUCCGCCCCUGAGGGAACUUACAAACACGGCGUUCGAAGUGUAUUCAAGGACCUAAUUGUAAAGGAUGGGCCACUAGCUUUGUAUCGCGGCGUUACGCCUAUUAUGAUUCGCGCAUUCCCAGCCAAUGCGGCAUGUUUCUUUGGGAUUGAGUUGGCGAACAAUUUUUUUAAUGUUGUGGCACCACAGUUCUAAUUGCAUAUAGUGUUUGGUUUCUUUCUUGUUCAGUUAAGUCAUAAAGUUAUGUUAAAUAAAUAUAUUUUUUGAUAUGA